AUGGAACAACUUAGGAAUUUCAAGCCUUUUGAUUUACAUGAAAAAUUACGUUUGAGCGAUAAUGAUUUCGAUGCAUGGCUCGGUGAGCUUGGACUUCUCCAUGGAAAAGGAACCUGCCAUAAAUGUGGAGGUCGAACGACACUCAGCGUUAAUAAAGAUGAAAGAUAUGAUGUUGGCGGUGUACAACCAAAAAUUGUAGAAAAAAAUAAGGAAAAAAUGGGGGAGGAAAAACGGGAAAUAAAAUAUAAAAAAUAAUCCUUUUUGCAGGCAAAAAUUAGAAAGGCAAAUUGGAUGGAAAAAAGGAAAAAGUCUGACCAUUUUUAAAAAAUAUAGGGUGAAAAAUAGGGAAGAAAAAAGGGGGUCUGUCACGUUCAA